AUGGAUAAAAAUUUACAAGUUUACCAAGAAAACCACAUCGAUAAUGAUGAUGAAGAAAUCUAUGAAAACAGAAAGGGAAAAGCCAUCAUUGACACCACAAAGAAAAGAGAACCAUUAAUGCAAAACCAACUCGUUUUAGAAAAUAUGCAAGGUUCAGUCAAAAAUCUUUUAGAAUGUUUAGGUGAAGAUACAUCAAGAGAAGGUCUCUUAAAAACUCCAUUAAGAAUGUCAAAAGCUUUAUUAUUUUUCACUCACGGUUAUGAACAAUCAGUAGAUGAAGUUGUCGGUGAAGCUAUUUUUAACGAAAAUCAUCACGAAAUGGUUGUUGUUAGAGAUAUUGAUAUUUUUUCACUCUGUGAACAUCACAUGGUACCAUUCCAUGGUAAAUGUCACAUUGGUUAUAUUCCAGAUCAAAAAGUUUUAGGUUUAAGUAAAUUAGCAAGAAUUGCUGAAAUUUUCGCCAGAAGACUUCAAGUACAAGAAAGAUUAACUAGACAAAUCGCACAAGCUAUUCAAACUGCUCUUAAUCCAAUGGGUGUUGCCGUCGUCAUUGAAGCUUCACAUAUGUGUAUGGUUAUGAGAGGUGUUCAAAAACCAGGUGCCUCUACAGUCACAUCAUCAGUUUGUGGUAUUUUUGAAAAAGAUUCACGUACAAGAGCUGAAUUCUUUAGUUUAAUCAAAACCUCAAAAUAA